AUGGGCUCUCCGUUACCAAAAGGUUCAACGAGGGAAUGCUUUCGUACACAUGAAGAAGUCGAAGUUCCGCCGAUGAAUGCUGGCUCGAUUGGUGAUGUGCAGCACAUGUUUGUUAAGGACAUGAAUAAUCUUAAACAACUGGAAUUACAAGGGUUUGAGAAACUUAAUGUAAUCCAGAAUAUUGUUUUUGAGCAGGCAUACAAAACCAAACAAAACUUGUUGAUUUCUGCACCUACUGGCGCCGGCAAAACGAACAUUGCCAUAGUCGCGAUUUUCAAUACUUAUCUUGAGCAUAGGAUGUUGAAUGGAGAAAGUGGAGCUGUGGAAAAAAGAUGGAGCAAUGAGAGAGAAAUGGAGCUGUCAGAAACUCAGAUGUUGGUGCUUACCCCAGAAAAAUGGGAUGUGGUUACUAGAAAAGGCGUUUAUCGCGUCAAGGAAGUUGGUGGUGUUCGACAUGCACAAGAAACGAUGAACGACGUUUGCUACGAUGAAGUUUUGAGCCAUGUGAAGAAAGGUCAUCAGGUUUUGCGGCGAAACUCCCUUAAGGAUUCGUCGACGUUUUUGACAUCGCCAUCAUCGAACAACAGCAGUGUUGAUAGUGACGAAGCUGCUGGCUUAUUAGGUGCGCUUUGCGAGUCAGAAGGAACAGUUCCUGCCGAGAGCCUCUGCACUAGUCCUGCUAAUGAAGACACUAAAAAUGGUUUUGAUCAGUAUCGUCGCGCUAAUGGGACAAAUACUUUUCCAGCCGAAGAGUGUCGCCGUCGUCACGGUUUCAGGAGUAUCGCUGAUAAAGUUGGGGUUCGUAAAGCACACAAAGCAUACAAGCGCCGUUAG